AUCAAGUGAAGGGUGGUGAGUGGUAGAAUUAAAUUAAAGUUAAUACAAUUGACUAUGCCUCAGUUUGCGCCUAUAUUUUCUGUUUUAUUAUUUUCUUUUUUGUGGCUUUUUUUUUGUUUCGUUUUGUCAAUUUUAUGGUGAGCUUCUAAGCGGUCAUAUAAUUUCUAA